CCAACCGUCGACUCGUUCACAUCUUAACUUUCAGAGAGUGAACCUCCGUUUUUCGAGUCUUCUACGUUUUAUUUUCUACGAAAACAAGUUCAACUGAAAACAAUUGGAAAAUGGUGAAGGCUAUCCAACGUAAAUCAGUGUCCAACACGUCGUCGGUGAUGGAAGGCAAAGUUCGCAAGUCUCCCGAUCACGAGCAAGUGGAGAUCCAGAUGUACCUGAGCAAACUCCGCGAAUUGGUGCCCAACAUGCCCAAGAACCGCAAAGUCUCCAAGGUGGAAGUCAUCAACAACGUCAUCGACUACAUCUGCGACCUCCAGACGGCGCUGCUCGAUCAGUUGCACCAGCACCCGGCCUCCGUCAUCAGCAACAACAACAACAACAACAGCCUGGCCGUCGUGAACGGCAACAGCUGCGCCUUGCCCAUCGUCAUGGAGACGUCCUCUUCGGCUGAUUGCCCCACCUGUUAGCAGCAGCGGCGGCAAUACAAACAAAAGAAGAAUCUCAUUUUUGUUUUGCGUCUCUACCUCAUCAUCGUCUUCGGCAAAAAAAAAAAAAAAAAAAAAAAAGAGCGGCGGAUUCAUCCACCUGUGAUAACUACCUCAUCAUCCGAUCAGCUUGUACAUACACAUCCUACUACGAACAAACAGCAUAUCUACUUUAUAUAUUCUUUUUUUUUUUUUUUUUAAAUUCCCUUCGCAAUUUUUCACGCGUUCAUUUGUUGUUGUUUUUUUUUUUUCGAUUCUUGAUUGUCUCUGCGAAAGAAUACAGAACAAACAAACAAACACA